AAAUUCAGCUUUACGUUUUGGCGGCUUCGAGCACAUCACCAACCAAGGUUUAUUUUGAUUUCUUUCAAGCCUACGUUUGUUGUUUCGAUCUCGCGAUGUCUGCGUGUGAGAAGGAAGUGAUCAAGAUUGGCAAGCAAUUGGAGAAAGUAAUAAAGAGCGAUGUGUCAAGUACUGAAGCCAUGGAUCUUCUGAAUCAGCUGAAAGAGCUUCCAAUUUCCUUGGAAAUAUUGCAGAGAACCAGGAUUGGUAUGUCGGUGAAUUCACUGCGCAAACAGAGCGCCGAGGAAGAAGUGAUAUCACAAGCCAAGGCGCUCAUCAAAGGGUGGAAAAAACUCCUUCCGGCACAAACUCCCAACAAAUCAAGUAGUUCUCAAAAGGAGAAGAAAGACAGUGGUGAUGAUUCCCGGGAGCCCUCCCCUCCUCUGCCAAACGGUAGCGGCGAUGGUAAAUCCGGAGAAAAGGGCAAGAGCUUCGCGUUGGCCAAAACAAACGACGUUGUCCGAGAGAAAUGCCAGGAGAUGAUAGCAGGGGCACUGAAAGUUCCUAUUGAAGGCUGUGAUGACCCCUCACUACUGGAUAACGUGGAUGAAAUAGCAGCAGAAAUUGAAGAUUGUGUCUACACGGAGUUCGUCAACACAGACUUGAAAUACAAACAUCGCAUCCGGAGCCGAGUUUCAAACCUGAAAGACGCAUCUAACCCUGAGCUUAGGAGAAGAGUACUUACGAGGGAAAUCACCCCAGAGAAGAUCGCCAAGAUGACCUCUGAUGAGAUGGCGAGUAAGGAGUUAAAAGAGAUCAGGAAAGACAUCACAAAGACAGCAAUUAAGGAGCAUCAGAUGGCUGUGACCAGCGGGACCAAGACGGAUCUACUAAAAUGUGGAAAAUGCCUCAAGAGGAAUUGCUCUUACAACCAGGUCCAGACAAGAAGCGCUGAUGAACCUAUGACGACGUUUGUGUACUGUCAUGACUGUGGGCACAGGUGGAAGUUCUGUUGAUGUUUGGGUUUAUGCAUUGUCCGUGUGUUAUCCCGCCUGCUUUGUAUGGACACCAGUGCGUCUUCAAUCAUAUCAACAACUUGAGAAAUCUUCCUUUAAAAAAACUCAACAAUGGCCGUCGUGAUUUCUCUACGAUACUACAGCACGUGGUUCAUAGUGAGGCAUCCUUAAUAGUUUACGCAGUCUUGGAGCAGUUGAGGGUGCCCUUUAUGUGAGCCAUUGCUACGUAAGGCAAUAUUGUUCGUUGGUACCUCUGACGUCUAUUGUACUAUAUUGGAUAGUACUGAGGCCAACAUGGAGCCAUCUUUGCUACUCUCAUUCAACGAGGACGCUCGAGGAUUGUAAAUAGUCUGCAACAACCGCACAUACAGUGGAGAGAGCUUUUCCCAAUUUCAUAAAGCUGUUUACCGGUAAGCAAAUUUUUGUGCUCACUAUAGCAGAAAAACACAUACACACACACACACGCGAAAAGUGCAUUUCAUAUUCACAAUGCUAGCAUGCCUUUUGCCUUACUAACAGUUAGAAGUAUUUAUGAAUUAGAAAUUCUGCUAAUGGUACUUCUACUAAGCGGAAAAAAUCUGCUUACAGACCUUAUGAAAUUGGGUCCAGCAGUGCUUAAUGCGACUUAUUGGUGCAGCAAAGUAUCAUUAAAUGACUUCAGUGUGAAGGCGCCAGGGGCCAAUUUCAUAGUGCUGGAUAAUGGUAAGCAAAUUUUUGUGCUAACUAGCAGAAAUAUUUGCUUAAGCGUAAGCGUAUUUCACAGGUUAGCAAGAAAACUAGGUUAACAGAUUGCCGGGUGCACCAUGGAUUUGCAUUGUAACGUCAUUCAUUUUCAUACAGUAAGCACCAGAACGUUAGCA